CCGCGGCUUUCAUGUCCCCAAGCCCACGAAAGCCCAAAUCCAGCAAGCUCUAACUCGUCUUCUCCUCCAACUCUUUCCUCUCCCAUUACGGCCAAACCCCAUCGCCGGUUACUCCGAAACCCUCCCACUCUUGCGAUGCUUGGCUCUUUUCUCCGCUCCGCUGGAGCUGCUGUGGCUACUCACCGCCGGAACUCUUCACUUCUCUCACCUCCGCCGGGGAUCCUCUCCGUCGCAUCUCGCUCGUACGCGAGAGCUAAAACCCCUAAGACCACCUCCAAGGGGGGAAAGGUCAUGGUCAAAGGCCCUCGCAGUGGAGGAGGCGACGAUGCCGCCGGUGAUUCCUCUUCCACUGAAGAUAUGAGCGCUUCCUUCGAGCUUCCUACGGAUCCUCUCCCCAUCACUUACGAUCCCGCCCUCGACGUCGGCCCUGGCGGACGUCCUCUCUUCAGCAUCACCGAGUCAUUCAAUCAGCUAACACACAAGCAAGCCAACACUUAUGUCGACUUCAGUUUAGAGGAAUGGAAUGCGAAGCUUCCGGAGGGCUUACCGGCGGGGAUGAAAAAGGAGUUUGAGGAGACCCGUCGUUGCGCUGUGAUGGUACGACAGAGUUUCUUAGAUUUGCGUGAUAAUUUCCGGCGUAUCUCCAGCCCGCCGCUGCGGCCUAGCAAUAAAAAUUCAAAUGUUAAAAAGCAAAUAGUUUUGGAUGGCCCAGUCAGUUGUGGAAAGAGCAUCACACUUGCUAUGCUUGUCCACUGGGCACGCUGCGAGGGAUGGUUAGUGUUGUAUGUUCCUAGAGGUAAAGAUUGGACACAUGGGGGAUUCUUUUACAGAAAUCCCUAUGGUGAUCUUUGGGACACACCUGUACAGGCUGCGAAAAUCCUCCAGGAUUUUUUGAAAUUCAAUGAAGCUUGUUUACAAAAAUUGCCUUGUCAAAUUUUUGAUCCUAUCUCUUUGGGAGAGGGUGCCGGCGUUGGAAUGAUGAAAGGAGUUGAUUCCAUGGAAAUGCCAGAGGGUUCAACAUUGUUUGAUCUUAUCCAAACUGGGAUUGCAUAUACACAUGCUUCAGUUGGUGUAGUGGUUCGUUUGAGGAAAGAGCUAUCCCUGGUGAAAGACGUUCCUGUUUUACUUGCUAUAGAUCAGUACAAUAACUGGUUCACAUUCAGUGAAUAUGAAGAGCCCGUAACCGUUCGAUCAACAAGGCCAAUUCAUGCUAAAGAACUUUCCACGGUAAAUGCUUUUAGAUCUAUGUUGCAUGAUGACAUGAUGGUAGGAGCUUUUUCUCAUUCAACUGCUGUUGGGAAGUUACGUCAAGAUCUUCCUGAUGUGCCACUAGAUUCUCGUGUUUUGUUGCCUCGUUAUAAUUUGGAUGAGGCUGCUGCAGUGUCUCACUAUUAUCUUAGGCAAAACCUCAUACAUCGUGAUAGAUUUUCAGAAGAAAAGUGGAAGAAGAUAUAUUAUAUAUCAAAUGGAAAUGGCUCAGAGAUGAGGUGGAUGGCUCCGUUCAUAUAAUUUUGUUAUAGAGAAGACUAGCACAGUUGGACUGUUUCUUACAUUUGGCAUGAUCACCAUGACUUUGAGGAUACUUAACUGUUGAAAAAGGAGAAUUUUUGGGUCAGAGUAUCCUAAUCCAAAUUUAGGGUUUAGGAUGAAUUUUAUAAUUAUUGAAUUUACUUCCAAAUGAGUUUAA